AGAAAGACUAGCAUAUCCUGUGUACCUGCUAAAGAAGGCACACCAAAACAAGGGUGACAAGUGUCUGUUGUUACUGUAUGAUAUUGCCUGCUUACUCGAAACUCAUCUGAAGAAUCGUGGACAUCUUGACAUGUUAGAAAAGACAACAUUAGGAGUGCCAAUUUUUCAUGUCUAUGGGCAUUGUGCAUUCUGUCAGCUGACAUAUUCACCUAGAGUCCUAACUGGAUGCAGACUUACUGAUGGUGAAGCUAUGGAGAGACUGUGGUCAUAUCUAAGAAGAUUUGCUAAAUCCACCAAAGAAAUGCGACCAUCUCAUCGCAUUGAUGUCCUUACCUCAGCUCUAUUACAUUAUGCAUCAAGAGUACGUCUUAAUCUAGGGGCAUCGUUAGUCAAAAGGCUGAAGAACGCCCAAAACACUCAACAUAGUGCAACAGAGGACUUAUCAAAGCUAAUCAAUGAGUCAAAUGGUACACUGACGGAGUCAUCAGCUGAACAAUUGCAGAAACAACAACACGGGCUGUUCGCAAGGAGUCAAACUGAUCUGAGUUUCGGGCAACGUCACAAAACCUUUCAGAACAUCCUUCAUAUUGCUCGCGAGCGUAGGUUUUUAAUAUCUACCAAAGCGAGAUACGCUGAUGGUCAAUCGAUUGCUGCACGCCUUGCAAAGAAGAUAUCAUCAAGUACGAGUACGCUGAAACGAACAGUGAGCAGAUUUAAUGGUAUGCGUCAUGAUCAAUUUGAAGGAGUAGCAUACCAUCUGCCAGCCAAUUUGAAUUGGGAGACAGUUUCCAAUUUGGAAGAAUUGUCUACGUUGGAGGUCGCGUCGGCUGGAAAUUGUACCAUUCCCAUUCAUUUGUGGAUAAAAGUUGUGAGAGCGUGUAAUAUGAAGGAAAGGGCAACGAAAGAAGUGAAGAUGAUAAUGGAAGAAAUUAAUACUGUUGCCAACAACCUGAAAUACGAGCAUUCUGUAAUAAGUCGUCAUAUACAGGAUAUCGCCACAUCUGAUAGUCUGUCUCUGUUUCAGAAAGGUUGCCUUAACCUUUUGCACCGAAGAUUAUUACUGUGCGAAUCUUAUUUAAUUACGUUUUCCAGAACAGUUAACCAGUAUCAUACUGUAGAGCUACCUGACCAGCUUAUUAGGUCCAGAUGGUUCAUUUUUUUACAAUUGUCAAAUUCAUGAACAUGAUUACCCUUCCGUUACUGAUAUUAUUUGUACAGACAGUAGUAGUGAUGAUGAUUCUGACGUCGACAAUU